GUGGAACUAAAAUUCCAGGGGCUGUGGGGGAAUAUUUUGGUGUGACCGUCUAGCUCUAUAUAAGGCCAGUCCUGAGCAAGGAGUGUUACAGUUUUGUCUUCCUAAGUCACAGGUUGUGUUGCUGGGCACCCCUCCCUCUACCUUGUAAUCAAGCACUCUUGUGCAUGGUGUAAAGCUUUAAACAUGGGGAACAACCAAAGCAAGCCAAGUGUCUGUGUGCUUGAGCUAGAAAACCAAAGCGCUCUAAGGGAGAAAACCUGUAAGAUCUUCAAGAAACAGCUUACCAGUACGAUUUCAUCUGAUGUGGCACAAAUGAAAGAGAACUUCCAUUGUGCUGAAGGCAACAUGGGCCAGAUUGUUCCAAAGGAGGAUGAAAAUGAAACCUGGUUACGAUAUGAAGUGACGAAGACACAAGUUCCACGCGGUAAGACAUCUUUCUCUUUCCAAAUGCUUUCGCUUUCAGAAAACUCUGGCUCUGCAAAGUCUGGGAUUUUAGAGGAGGCUGAAAUGGCUCCAAGUCUUAAUGUUCCUGAGGAAAUCAUGGUGGAAGCUGAAACUCGGGCUACAGAAUUGGACUUGAAGUGCAAGAACCAAUCACCUGCGCAGGCAGGCAGGCUGCAUGUUGUAGGCCAAGCUGUUGGCGAUCCCUCUGAGAUAUCGGAACGUGCCCCUCUUGGGGUUCCACCACAUCCUUGCACAGCGAUUGAGGGAGAGACCAUCCUGGAGCCUUUCCAAAGAGAGCCUGUGUCAGUGAGUGAGUUAUGGAAGGGCACAGAUAUCCAUGGCCCUGUUGAGAUGGAUGACCCCCUUUCAAAUGAGCAGGUGGCUGUAAGCAUUGUUCCAGGGAAGGCUCCAGUCGCUGCUGCUAAGGAACAGCCAACUGCCCAAAGACAAGGUGGCAAAACCUCCUCUGAAGAGGCCCCGAGGAUGAUGGCAGGGGCUCCUCCUGACCUAGUGAUGGCAGAGGGGCACUGCAGCAUGGAGACUGCCCCACAGACAAAGCAACUGGCUGAGGGCCAGCAUGGUGCAGAAUCUGAUUUUCCUGCAGCAGGGACUGAGCCUUGGCUGGCUACAGAAACUAAUGGAAAGGUGACUGAAGGCUGCUCUGCUGCUGAGAACAUGGGAGAAAACAAAGGGGUUCCAGACACUCAGCUGAAGAUGUCACGGACUGAGGCCCAGCAAGUUACACCAAGGAAAGCAGAAGAUGAAGGCAUGGCUGCAGGGUGUGUUGCAGCAGAGAUAUUUCAAAAGAGUGAAAUGGAGUCUACACUUGCCCAACAAAUUCUAGGUGGUACUUGGGAGAGGCCAAAUGGUGAUGCCAAGUUCUUGGGUGCGCCACAGAAUGAUGGGGCCAACAGCUGCCGAGGCCAUGACGCGGGAGGCAUAUCCCACUUUAUUGGUUGCGCAAGAGACUGUGGCCCAACAUCAUGUGGCUGCUGCAGAAGUGACCAUCAUGCAGCCUGGGAACUACUGGAGCAACAGAGGAUGUAAUCAUUAAACUUGGUGACACCUGUCUUGAUCUGCCAGCUGUAGACGUGAUUGAGGCACAGCUUGGUCUAGAUAUACAACUGCUGCUCUCAAGAGUCUCCAAGACGAUAUUGAAGAUGGUCUCUGAAUCAAGAUGCUGAAGCUGUUACAGCAACUAUUGAAAAGGACUCUGCAAAGAUUUGAUCUAGUGCCCUGGAAACUCAAGAGGCUAGAGAAACCUGAUGUGAAAAAACAAGGACACAGUUGAGUCUUCUAUACACUCUCCACUGAGGAGGAGGAGUAUGUUGAUGCACCAAUUAGUAGUAAGGCUAGUAGACAUUGAAGCUAUUCCCAUGAUCAGGUGAAACCGUGGCAGCUCACGAGUAGACCCCCGACCGGGAGGCUUAAAAGCAGCCUUCCGGCUCGGGGGUCUCUCCAGCUCUCCCCACAAACCCUAACCAGGCUCUUCUUACUGAUUGUGAGAAGAGCCUCAUUAUGGUGCCAUCUGACAUGACUUCCAACAUUUAGUGCCCAAAUCCAUGGAAGCCCCCAGAACUUAAUUCCUAUGACUGUCCAACACCACUAGAUUGAAGCAACUCAUCUUCCAACAUUUGACUAAAAUUCUGAUGCAGUGCUUUGUUGCUACUGUAGUGUACUUCUUAGUGCUCUUUCAUGGCACAACUACUAAAAUGGGAAGAAAAAAUCCUUGCAUCUACAGUUAUUAGGCCAGGGGUAGGUAACCUUGGCUCUCCAGCUGUUCAACUACAGCUCCCAUAAUCCUCGGCAACAUGACGGAGUUGUAGUUCAACAGCUGGAGAGCCAAGGUUGCCUCCCGCUGUGUGAGGGCAAUCAAAUUGAUUGAGUGUGGAGCUGGUCUCCAAACGAUGACUCAAAGCUUUUAAAUGGAUUUUAGAAUGUCAUGGUUUUUUAAAAAACUGUUUGCUACUUUCCCAUGCCCUUUGUAACAGUCACUUGCCAUCUUCACUCUUCUGGUGCAGGGAUAACAAACGCUGCUCUGCAUGGGCAUAACAAAUUGUGGCUCUCACUGCAUUUAAUUGGGGGGGGGGGGGUUAAUGUUCUUGGUGUUCAUCUGCAGUUGAGAUCAUGCAGCUGUCAAAAUAUAGAAAGCACCACCCUCUUUAAUUUAGUGUAUUAAAAGUGCCUUGGAAUCCUGCAGACCAUUAGCAAUGAAAAGAAAUUAUGGUACUUUCUCAAGUGGUAAUAAACAGCCUGAUUUGA